AUGCGUGUACAAGUAGCGGUGCUUUCACUUGCUCUCCCGGCACUAGUGUCGGGUGCACUCUUUCCGCCGGGUACGAAAGUGAAGAGUAUCGACGCGAAGGGCUUCAGGAAGGCUAUGUCAACAAAUGAUACGAGCAUCGUCGCAUUCGUAGCGCCUUGGUGUGGGCACUGUCAACGCAUGGCGCCUGAGCUCAGCAAAGCAGCAAAGGGUCUCGACCCGCUUGUUCCUGUGUAUGCCGUCGACUGUGAUGCGGAACAGAAUAAGCCUCUGUGCGCUCAACAGGGCGUGCAAGGUUUCCCGACUGUCAAAAUCUUUCCUCGUGGCAAGACGCUCCCUCCGAAGCCAUUUGACGGCCAGGACAGGACUGCCAAGGAGUUCGUCAGCUGGGCUGAGCGCAGUGUACCAUCACGAUCGAAGAAGCUGUACGAAACCAAGAGCAUCGAACCCUGGAUCUCAGAGAACACCACUAGCGAUCGUCUCCUACUCCUGACAAAGGCGGACAAGGUGCCAUUACUCUGGAGUGUACUUGCCAACAAGUACCGGGACAACUUCAAAUUCGCGUACCACCGAGAUCGCAAGGGGAAGUCCUCGGUUGCACUCGGCUUCGAGGCCGGCGGAGAGAAGGAGUCGAAGCUGCUCGUCUACCCGAAAGGCUCGACGACACCUGUGAGAUACCAGGGAACACUGAAGUCGGGCCCCCUAUCAGAGUUCUUUGACUCUAUCAUCGACGGCACAGCGGACCUCAGCACGCCGAGCGCUGACUCGGAGACCGCAACCUCAGCAGCUUCGGCCACAGCGGAAACGUCGACGGCGACACCGAGUGCCUCUGCUGCAUCAGUAGCCGAACCUGAAGCAGAGGAGACGCCAAUUGCGGCGCCAGAAGAUGCUGGAGCUGAUGCCGACGCUGCAUCACCAGUACCAGAGCAGACACCGGAGGAGCCGGCUGUUACCGGAGAGGCCGAGGCUACACCCAAACAUGAAGAGCUCUGA